UCUGCUCAUUGUCCAAAUGUUGCCCUCCUCGCCGAACUCCAUGCACGCUUUGCCAAUUCUCAACCAGGUCCAAACUGCAAUAGUCCGCUUACGAGGAGGAUUCAAUAGUCUUCUAUGGCGCAAUUCGCCAAAUAUCCUCCACCGGAUGCUUAGGAUUGACCGGAAGCUCCCGAGAGAGUUCAGAAUUGCAUCAAUGUUGGCUGAUUGCACAAGAGAGCGGAAACUUUGCUGAGAAAGGUUGGCGAUCCGAUUGAGCAUGGCGGGGGGAUGGCACGAGGAUUACUACACAUCGCCGCAGGAGCAGCGAGGUGCUCGGACGCAGAGUAACGGCUCGAGUCUGGCGAGGGACGUAGGCAGCUUCGUAGAGGGGAUGGACGUGGAGCAUCUGGUCAUGUGCCUGGUGUCGGCGGUGGUCAUGUACGGCGCGGGAUACAUCCUCGCGCGGCUCUUCUUCAGCGGCAUCAUGUUCUUCCUGUCCGUGGGGCUCAUCGUCUUCUUGGUCAUGCAGGUCGUGGAUGGCGUCGGUUCCAGCGUGGAUUCGCAUGCGAAACGCUACCGAGAGUCCUAUUACCGGGGACCGCAAUAUUGAGCAAGCCUCGUUGAAUCACCAGACUCUAAGUGUUCGAUCACGUCCAUGAAUGUUCGUUUCUUUGGUGUGGUGAUUGCUCGGUAUGUAUCUAAUCCGUUCAAUCUAUCGCUUCCAUCUCCGACCGUGUAGAUAGGAAGAGAGUGAAGUCACUGAAAGAGUAAGAACGUAAUGGGUGAGAGAGCUCGUCAAUUCCUACGAAAAUAUUUAAACUAAUGCCUACAGUAUCAGAAAUGUUUGAUACCUCGUUUUGUUUUAGUAUAUGCGGUGCAUGGUCCUUGAACACACACACCACUUGAAGUGCUUUCCGAAGCUUCGCGAACUUUGUGCAUGAGUUUGUUAAAUAAAAUCGCUGUACAAAUCAUGUCGAGUCUAUGCUAAUCACAAAAGCACGACACACUUCGAAGGGACGAAAUACAAACGAUGGAGAAAGAAAAGAAAGAGAAGAAUAGAAAAAUGCUGUAAUGUGAGCGGACUGUCUUCUACCUCAAAAAACAGUUGUAGCUUGAGGAGACCGCGUAAAUUUGUGAAACAGAGUUGCAGAGUUAAGUGAUGGUUUAGGGAAGUAGGAUGGAAACCCAGACAUAUCAGCGCAGCACUGCUCACAUGCUGCAUCAAUUUCUGUGUAUAAGCGUGUUCUUCGGUUGAGUCGAAUCUGAAGAUGCGCUACAUAACCAUGGCUUUUUUAGCAUAUAGGACUCUUAUGUUUAGGAUGCUUUAAUACUUGCAUAACUUGAAUUUGAUAUAGUUUC